CGAGCCGGGCCAGCCCCACAGGGGGGCGGGCGGCGCCGCUUAUAAAGGGCUGUGGGGCGGAGGAUCCGUGCGCGGAGCUCCGGGACCGGGCAGCGGAACGGGUGUGCUGUGGGGCAUGGCCUGAGCGAUGGAGCGGCGGGUGCUGUACGCGGGGCUGUACUGGCUGCUGCUGCCGCUCGCCCUGCUCGCCGCCUGCCUGUUCCGCUUCAAUGUCCUCUCCCUCGUGUACCUGAUCUUCCUGCUGCUCCUGCCCUGGUUCCCAGGGCCCAGCCAGGGCUCCACCGCAGGUCACACCAUCCGCCUCCUCAAAGCCCUCCUGGGGAUCAGCAUCAUCUUCCUCCUCGCACACCUCGUUUUCCAGAUAUGCCUGUACACGCUGCCCCAGUUGGACAAGAUGAUGGGGCCUGGCUGCAGCUCAUGGGAGGUGUUCGCCCGGCACAUUGGGGUCACCAGGCUGGAGCUGAGCGACAUCCCCAACUCGGUGCGUUUGGUGGCCCCCGAUGUCGGUGUCCUGCUGGUCUCAUCCCUCUGCCUCUGCCUGUGCCGUCGCCUGGUCCCCAAGGCUGCCAGCAUCCGCAGCCGGAGACUGGAGUCCCUGGCAUCCCGUGAGCGGCAGGAAGAGGAGGAUGUGGAGCAGCAGGACAGCACGGCCGACAUGGACACACCAUUGAGCACCAGGCUGCGGGUGACGGCUCACUGGCUGCUAUGGGAGACAGGGAAGGCCAUGGCCAUCACACUGCUGGCUUUGGCUGGGAUCACCCUGCCCUCCGCCUCCUCCUGUGUCUAUUACCUGUUGUUCGUGGGCAUGUGCACGUGGUGGGCUUGCCACCUCCCCAGCAGCUGCCGAGCCUUCAACACCACCUGCAUCAUCGUCUGCAUCUAUGCUGCGUGCCACCUCUUCUGCCUCUUCAUCUACCAGGCACCCUUCUUCCAGGGGGUCUAUCCGCCUCCCACCUUCUGGGCACGGCUGUUCGGCUUCAAGGACAUCGUCCUAUACCUCAACUGCUCCAAGCCCAACAUCCUGGAGCUCAACACCAGCCACCCCUGGCCUGUCUAUGCCAACCCUGGCAUCCUGUUCCUGCUCUACUUCACCAUGGCCACGCUGAUGAAGCUGCGCCGGCUGGAUGCCAGGAGAACCGCGGCGCUGGCACAGCCGGCAGCGAGGUUCCUAUCGAAGGAGCUGGUGGAGAUGGAGAGCUGGCCCAAGGACACUGAUGGUGUGGCUGAGGACACCAAGCCCAUGCUGUCCAACACGGGUAAGCCAGGCGGUGGGGCUGAGAACUGCACUGUGCACAUCAUGGGCAACCCUGCACAGCCGGGCAGGAAGCGUCCGGCGCAGUGGCUGCUCCUGCACACCCUGGGCCAUGUCAUCAUGAAGCAGAGCUACGUCUGUGCCCUCAUUGCCAUGAUGGUGUGGAGCAUCACCUACCACAGCUGGCUGACCUUCGUGCUGCUGCUCUGGUCCUGCCUCAUCUGGACGGUGCGGAACCGGCGGCACUUUGCCAUGCUCUGCUCACCGUUCCUGCUGCUCUAUGGCAUCGCCCUCUGCACCCUGCAGUACAUCUGGAGCGUGGAGCUGGCCUCCGAGCUGCCCACCCGUGUUGGCUUCAUCAGCUUCGAGCAGCUGGGGCUGGUGCACACCAAAUACCCCUGCUUGGAUCUGGGGGCUAAGCUCCUGCUCACCCUCACCUUCUGGCUGCUGCUGCGCCGCUCUGUUAAGGAGAAGCUGCUCACAAGGAGGUCUCCAUCCACCCCACUCAUAGAGGUGACCAUCUUGGACAUAGACAGCAGCCGUCAGGGGGAUGUGCUGAAGGCACUGGGGGGCCUGGUGAGGAAUUUCUAUGCCAAGUACUGGAUCUGUGUGUGCGCUGGCAUGUUCAUCGUGGUCAGCUUCGCCGGGCGCCUCGUUGUAUACAAGAUCGUCUACAUGCUCCUCUUCCUCCUCUGCAUCACCCUCUUCCAGGUGUAUUACAGCCUAUGGCGCAAGGUGUUGAAGGGCUUCUGGUGGCUGGUGGUUGCGUACACCAUGCUGGUGCUCAUCGCUGUCUAUACCUUCCAAUUCGAGGACUUCCCCAUGUACUGGAGGAACCUGACUGGUCUCACGGAUGAGCAGCUGGGUGACCUGGGCCUGGAGCAGUUCAGUGUCUCCGAGCUCUUCUCCAGCACCCUCAUCCCAGGUUUCUUCCUCCUGGCCUGUAUCCUGCAGCUCCAUUACUUCCAUCGCCCCUUCAUGCGCCUCACGGACCUGGAUCGCAUCCCUGCUUCCAGUGCAGCAUCCUACCACAUCCCCAGGCCUGAGGAGCUGCAUGGAAGCAGGCUGCUGCGGGAUGUGGUUGCUGCUGACAGUGCCAGGACCAGUGAUGGUGACAGCACUGGGAUGGGUGAUGCUGACACUACAUCACAGGUGCCCUCCAAAUGGGGAUUGGUGCUGGAGCGCCUGAUCGUGCUGGGUUGGACCUUCUCAGACACACUGACCCGUGGACAGGUCUUUGUGGUGCGACUGCUGGAGCUCCACAUGGUCAAACUGGUGGCUCUCUAUGCCGUAUGGGUGGCCCUGCAAGAGGUAUCACUGAUGAACUUCUUGCUGGUGCUGCUAUGGGCCUUUGCCAUGCCCUAUUGCCGCUUCCGACACAUGGCCUCCUGCCUCUCCACCGUCUGGACCUGCAUCAUCAUCGUCUGCAAGAUGCUCUACCAGCUCAAGAUCGUGGACCCCAAUGAGUACGCCAGCAACUGCACCCAGCCCCUAUACAACAGCACCAACCUGACCCCGGAGGAGAUGAGCAAUUCCACGCUGUACUAUGGCCCCCUGGACCCUGCUAACUGGUUUGGCAUCCGCAAGGGGUCCCCCAGCCUGGGCUACAUCCAGAACCACCUCCUGGUGCUGGUGCUGCUGGUGCUGGAGGCUGUGGUGUACCGGCGCCAGGAGUACUACCGCAAGCAGCACCAGUUGGUGGCCCCUGUCACCGAGACCAUCUUUGAGGACAUCAACCGUGAGCACCUCGACCACGGCCUCAUCAGCUGUGCCAAAUACUUCCUCAACUACUUCUACUACAAGUUUGGCUUGGAAAUCUGCUUCCUGAUGACAGUGAAUGUGAUCGGGCAGCGGAUGAACUUCAUGGUGAUCCUGCAUGGAUGCUGGCUCGUCGUCAUCCUGACGCGGCGCCGGCGCGCGGCCAUCGCCAGCCUCUGGCCCAAGUACUGCCUCUUCCUCGUGGUCUUCCUCAUCACACAGUACCUGCUGUGUGUGGGCAUGCCGCCUGCCCUCUGCGUGGACUAUCCAUGGCGCUGGAGCCGGAAUCUUCCCAUCAACUCAGCGUUCAUCAAGUGGCUCUACCUGCCUGACUUCUUUGUGGCCCCAACAUCCACACAUCUCAUCAAUGACUUCAUGCUGCUGAUGUGCGUGGCGCAGCAGUGGCGAGUGUUCGAGGCUGAGCGCACAGAGGAGUGGCUACAGGCGGCGGGUGAGAACACCGACCGGCUGGACCUGGAGCGGGACACCCACAACCCCACACCCAACUUCAUCCACUGCCGGUCCUACCUGGACAUGGCAAAGGUGGUGGUCUUCCGCUACCUGUUCUGGUUAGUCCUGGUGGUGGUCUUCAUCACCGGGGCCACCCGCAUCAGCAUCUUCGGCCUCGGCUACCUGCUGGCCUGCUUCUACCUCCUCCUCUUUGGCACUGGUAUGCAGCGUAAACCAGCCCGGGCUCGCCUGGUGCUCUGGGACUGCCUCAUCUUCUACAACAUCACUGUCAUCAUCUCCAAGAACAUGCUCUCGCUCCUGUCCUGUGUCUUCGUGCACCAGAUGCAGGACAACUUCUGUUGGGCAAUCCAGCUCUUCAGCCUGGUCUGCACUGUUAAGGGCUACUAUGACCCCAACGAGAUAGGCAAGGACCACGACUGCUCGCUGCCCGUGGAGGAGGCAGGCAUCAUGUGGGACAGCAUCUGCUUCUUCUUCCUCCUGCUCCAGCGACGAGUCUUCCUCAGCUAUUACUUCCUGCAUGUCAUGCUGGACCUCCAGGCCUCUGCCCUGCAGGCUUCCAGGGGCAUCGCACUGUUCAAGGCCAGCACCCUGAAGAGCAUGCAGUCCCAUCGGCUGGCAGAGAAGAAGUCCCUGGCCCAGCUGAAGAGGCAGAUGGAGCGGAUCCGAGCCAAGCAGGAGAAGUACCACCAGGAGAGGGUACCACGCAACGUCACCGAGGGGCAGGAUGAGGCCAGGCCAGGGUCUGCCAGCCCAGUGGAGCCUUCCCAGCAGAGGCAGCGGUGGUGGCGGCCGUGGUUAGACCACACUGCAGUGCUGCAUUCUGGGGAAUACUUCCUCUUCGAGUCGGACAGUGAGGAGGAGGAGGAGGCAGCGGCAGUGCCAGAGGAGACGAGGCCGAGCAGGCACAGUGCCUUUGAGCUCGUGUACCAGGCCUGGGUGACCAACACCAGGACAGCACUGCAGCAGCAUCAGCAACAGGAGCAGCAGCAGCAGCAGCAGCAACAGCAGCAGCAGCAGCAGCAGCAACAGCCGGAGGCACCCGGUGCCAGUGUGGCUGCAGGGGAGAGUGCAGAGUUGGGGGUACCCGAAGAGGCCGAAAGCCAGGAAGAAGAGGAGGAGGAGGAAGGCACAGGUCACAGUAACGUGGUGCAACGGGUGCUGAACACACUGCGGUUCCUGUGGCUGCUGUUCCGUGCCAUGGUGGAUGGGCUGACACAGUGGCUGGAUGCCUGUACCCGUGAGCAUGCCAACAUGUCCAGUGUCCUGCGCCUCGAGAGAUAUGUCCUCACUCGCCGCCUGGCCACGGGAGAGCACAUGCACCGUGGGGUCCUGGAUGAGCUGUACCUGCCUCCGUUGGAGGAGCCCUAUGAGGAGCUGAGCCAGCGGUGGAGCAUGGACUCCCAAAGCAACAUCCCAUUCAGGCACCAAGGAGCCGCUCACACCUCGGUGACCAGUCAGGAGGAGCAAGUGAUAACCUUGGGAUCCCAGGAUAACAUGGAUGGGUCUCGGGAGCUGCUGGCACUACCACAGAACCGCAGCCGGACGGCCAGUGAGCUCCUUGGGAGCAGGCAGCUGUACUUCACCGAGCUGGAGGAGUCAGAGCGGUUCUAUGAGUCCCACAACCGGUUCCUGAAGCUGUUGUUGGCUGUGUACCGCUGCGUGGCCACACACUCCGAGCUGCUCUGCUACUUCAUCAUCAUCCUCAACAACAUAGUGACCGCCUCCAUCAUCACCCUCUUCCUCCCCAUCCUCGUCUUCCUCUGGGCCAUGCUCUCCAUCCCCCGGCCCACCAAGCGCUUCUGGAUUACAGCCAUCAUCUUCACCGAGGUGAUGGUGGUGGUGAAAUACCUCUUCCAGUUCGGGUUCUUCCCUUGGAACUGCUAUGCCAUUAUGCUGCGCAAUGAGGGCAGACCCUUCUUCCCACCCCGUAUCAUGGGCUUGGAGAAAUCCGACCGCUACAUCAAAUAUGACCUCAUGCAGCUCCUGGCACUCUUCUUCCAUCGCUCCCUGCUGCUGUCCUAUGGGCUGUGGGACCAUGAGGAGCCCCUCGUCCCCAAGAAGAAGGCAGAACGGGUGGAGGAUGAGGGAGAGGAGGAGAAGAAGGAGGAAGCAGCAUCUGCACUGCUGGUGGUGAAUGAGGAAGGGACAGCAGAGCCAGGGGCACCGGGUGCAGCCGUGGAGCAGGAGCUGGAGCCGGAGGGUGAUGCUGUGGGUCAGGAUGAGGAGACCAAGGCUGCCCAGCUCCGCUUCAGGAGGAGGAGGUGGCAGAGGAAGAAGCAGCCAAAGGUGGCUGUAGAGGAAGAGGCUGCGAAGGAAGAAGAGGAAGAGGUAAAACAGAGCCAUGCACAGAGGAAGCUGAAGACGUUCGGGCUCCGGGUUAAGCUCUUUUUCCUCACCAUGGCACAGAACAUGUACCAGCCGGUGCGCAGGUUCUUCUGGGACAUCCUGCACACUGAGCACCGUGCGGCCACUGAUGUCUAUGCAUUCAUGUUCCUGGCUGAUGUGGUUGACUUCAUCAUCAUCAUCUUCGGCUUCUGGGCCUUUGGGAAACACUCGGCAGCCACCGACAUCACCUCCUCGCUGUCGGAUAACCAAGUGCCAGAGGCAUUCCUGGUCAUGCUGCUCAUCCAGUUCACCACCAUGGUCAUCGACCGUGCGCUCUACCUCCGUAAGACUGUGCUGGGCAAGCUGAUCUUCCAGGUCAUCCUGGUCUUCAGCAUCCACCUAUGGAUGUUCUUCAUCCUACCGGCUGUCACGGAAAGGUUGUUCAGCCUCAACACCGUGGCGCAGCUGUGGUACUUUGUGAAGUGCAUCUACUUCUCACUGUCAGCCUACCAGAUCCGCUGUGGGUACCCAACGCGCAUCCUGGGCAACUUCCUCACCAAGAAAUACAACCACCUCAACCUCUUCCUCUUCCAGGGAUUUCGCCUCGUGCCCUUCCUGGUGGAGCUGCGGGCUGUCAUGGACUGGGUCUGGACAGACACCACACUGUCCCUCUCCAACUGGAUGUGUGUGGAGGACAUCUAUGCCAACAUCUUCAUCAUUAAGUGCAGCCGUGAGACAGAGAAGAAAUACCCCCAGCCCAAGGGGCAGAAGAAGAAGAAGAUCGUCAAGUAUGGCAUGGGAGGCCUCAUCAUCCUCUUCCUUGUGGCCAUCAUCUGGUUCCCACUGCUCUUCAUGUCACUGAUCCGCUCCGUGGUGGGUGUUGUGAACCACCCCAUCGAUGUCACCGUCACCCUCAAGCUGGGGGGGUACGAGCCACUGUUCACUAUGAGUGCCCAGCAGCAAUCCAUCCAGCCCUUCACACCACAGGACUAUGAAGCCCUCACCCAUAAGUUCGAGAGGCAGCCGGUUGCCAUGCAGUUCAUCACACUGUAUGGCUAUGAGGACAUCGUGACCGCGCGCAUCGAGGGCAGCUCAGGCUCCCUCUGGAGCAUCAGCCCCCCAAGCAGGGAGCAGAUGCGCAGGGAGCUGCAGAACGGCUCCUCCGACAUCACCCUCCGCCUGACAUGGACCUUCCAGAGGGACCUGGGCAAGGGGGGCACAGUGGAGCACACCUUUGACAAGCACAGCAUUGACCUGCAGCCUGGGGCACCCCAGCGUGAGCAGCUCGCACAGCUGCUGCAAGGCACCCGCACUACCCCAGUGGAAGUCCCCAGGCUCUUCCCUAGAUACAUCCGGGCGCCCAAUGGCCCUGAAGCCAACCCUGUGAAGCAGCUGCUGCCAGAUGGGGAGGACAGCUACCUGGACGUGGAGGUGCAGCUGAAACGGGAGCUUGCAGGCGCCGGCCAAGGGGGAAGCAGCUUCGUGGAGUGGUGGGUGGUGAGGCUGAAGGAUGCCCCCACCGGCACUGGCAACAUCCUCCCCAUGGUCAUCUUCAACGACAAAGUCAGCCCCCCCAGCCUGGGCUUCUUGGCUGGUUAUGGGAUCAUGGGGCUGUACGUGUCCAUUGUGCUGGUGAUCGGGAAGUUCGUGCGGGGUUUCUUCAGUGAGAUCUCACACUCCAUCAUGUUUGAGGAGCUGCCAUGUGUGGACCGCAUCCUGAAGCUGUGCCAGGACAUCUUCCUGGUGCGGGAGACGGGAGAGCUGGAGCUGGAGGAGGAGCUCUAUGCCAAGCUCAUCUUCCUCUACCGCUCUCCCGAGACCAUGAUCAAGUGGACACGGGAGAAGGAGUAAAGGGGAAGGGGCUCCAGUCCUGCACCCCUUUCCCUUCCCGAGGACAUCACCACCAAUGCCUUAACCAGCCCUAUACACUGGGGCUGUAUCCUGCAGGGCACACAGUGGGACGUGGAGCUUUCGGUGCUCGCUUUUAGGGGGGAUGUUUUUCUUAUGUUGCUUUGAAGCACCGUCUGACCUGCGGAACCCACUCUGUGCCUUCCCAGGGAGGGGGACAGGAGCCGGACCCCCCAACCCAAUGGGUACCCCUGGCUGCAGGGCAGGGGGGAGGCAGGAGCCAACCUGUGCCUCCCCCCUGCUCUCCCCAACCCCAUCCAGAACCAGGUUAAACUCAAAAGCAAUAGCCCCCCAGCCCCAGGAUGGGGGGCCCUCGGUUGUGGCUCUCCCCUAGCUAGGAGGGGGGGGGGCUGGCAGCCCCAGCUGGACUCUAUAGACACUUACCGUGAUGUUGGUUUUGUUGGUUUAUUUUUUGUAUUAUUAAUUCAAAUGGUUUAUUUAUACAAAUAUCUAAUAAAACAAAGCUGAGGCCUG